AUGAACGUCAACAAGAAACUCGGCCGCUUUAAGCAAUGGGCGGGGGAGCGCAUGGGCGGAGAGGUCAAGACAAAUGUUUCCGACGACAUUCGGGCACUGGAGACUGAAAUGACCUUGAGGCAAGAAGGCCUGGAACGCCUUCACAAGGCAAUGACAUCCUAUGUCAGGGUGAUAUCCAAGCGCAAUGAAGGAGGCGACAGUGGAAAAUUGCUUCCUAUCGGCCAUUUGGGUGGAACGAUGGUAGAGCAUGGGCAGGACUUUGAGAAUACUUCAGAAUUCGGGCAGUGUCUUAUCAGCUUCGGCAGGACGAACGAGCGCGCUGCUAGGAUUCAGGAACAGUAUGUCGCAGAUGCGACAGCCACCUGGCUGGAGUCGUUGGAUAGGUCUCUUGCUCAAAUGAAGGAAUAUCAGGCUGCGAGGAAGAAACUCGAGAGCCGUCGUCUGGCAUACGACACGUCGCUCGGAAAAAUGCAGAAGGCCAAACGAGAGGACUUCCGCGUUGAGGAGGAGUUGCGUCUACAAAAAAUCAAAUACGAAGAAGCCAGCGAAGAUGUUUAUCGAAGGAUGCAGGAUAUCAGAGAAGCAGAAACCGAAAAUGUCUCCGACCUUCGAUCAUUUUUCGACGCUCAACUCACAUACCACGAUCAAUGCCGUGACGUGCUCUUGCAGCUCAGGGACGAAUGGCCAUCUGGGCAAAGCCACAAUCACAGUCCUAACCGGCGACAACCUACUUCUCGAGCCGUCACGACACACUCUAUUCACGAUCAGUUCGAGCCCGUGGAUGAAGAUUCUGCCGAGUUCCGUGCGCCGCCAUUGCGGCCCACACGCACCACUUCCUCAUCAUUCGACGGAUCGUAUCAGAAACCAUCUUUUAGCCGGACGUCCACCUUUGAGGGACCCACUCAACUGCGAGGACGCGUAUCGCCCUCACAACCGACCCGCGUCAUGAGUGACGGUGGCUCGAUUAGCAGUUUGAAGUCGCAGCUCCGUUCCACGCAGCCUAGGAGCAAUAAUAAUUACGAUGCGCAGUACACGUCGCCGGACGACGGCUACGGGAGAACUAGCCCGGAGCGGUACACUUCGAAUGCACCUGCGGGCUCGAGCGGGCAUCCGCUCGCCCGUCCAGGUAGUGUGUUCAAUAAUAACGUCAACAAUAAUAGCGUCUCUCCGCAAUCUUCUAUUCGAGCGAAAAAACCUCCGCCGCCGCCGCCGCCAAAAAGAGGCACGCUCAAGGCAUAG